UGUGCCAGUUCAGGUUGUGGCGUCUUUGUGGGAAAAUCCGCAUACCGGGAUUGCAGGCUAUUUCAUGAAAAGAGCUUUGAUUACUUAAUGACAAGUAUUGAUCGAAUGAACUACCGGAUAAAAGUCAGCUCUUUCUACUGAGUCAACUGAGGGAGAAAAAAGAACUAUAUCUCCUGAUUCCAUUGCCGGGAGAAAGAGGGAACUUCGGCUAUUGUUUCGUUCAAAACAAGUAAAGAAGAUCGUUGCAGAACUGCCCUCUAUUGGAUAUCAUCUGCAGCUAAGGACGCAAAUAAUUCAGAACAACUAUCCGUUGUAUUUUCUGGAACUUGUCAUUGAGACGUCGAGCACCUCCCGCCCCCUCGCCUCUAUUCCAAAAUACUAGAGGGGGGGUAGGCAGUGGCGAACUGCAGCACUGGGUGAAACACGGGAUUCAAGGUAGACUGAGCAUAGCCUGCUGCCUGAUUUCACCACAAUAUAAACCUCGAUUUGGACGAUUUAUAUUCCCCCGUUCAGUCACCUAACUCCGAUAAGAACGUAUCGUCUCGGUUGUUCGGUUGUGCGUAAAUUGCGCCGUGGAUAUCUUUCCAGCUCGCGGGAGAUCUACUCAUCAGUCUACGGUUCACCGUUUCGAGUUGCGUAGUUCAGAGCUACUGAACGUAGGGAUAACUAGUCAGUCAAGUCGGCUCGCAUUAAUUCAUUAGUUUGAAAGUAGUUCCACAUCGACUUCGGGUCUCAAGGUAACGGCGUAUUCCCAACCAACGGACGGACUGGAAUUUGCGCUCGAGUUGCAUGCCUGGUCUAAAUCAUCUGGACUGAACAUAUUCUAUCCACUCAGGGGAAGCUAUCAGAGGUCCGGAGAGUUGGAAGCGCCAUGGCGAUGUUGGCGACUGUUUGGAUAGUCCUUCUGGCUGUCAAUAUACAAGGUGGAGAUGGACAGAGUGUCCAGAUGGACUCCAUUAAGUCAGGCUUCGUGGGCUCCCAGGUGGAGCUGCGUUGUAUCUUCGUUAAUUCCAACCCUCCAGUCAAGAUCUCUCAGGUGACGUGGCAGAAGUUCCUGAACGGCACCAAACAGAACGUGGCCAUCGCCAACCCGUCGCUGGGGGUGUCCGUGCUCCCGCCCUUCAAGGAGAGGGUGACCUUCAAGCAGGCAGCGGUCCGCCACCGUACCCCGUCUCUGGAGGACACCACCAUCAUGUUCUCCAACCUGAGGCUGUCUGAUGAGGCCGCAUACAUCUGCGAGUACACCACCUUCCCUGCUGGGAACCGAGAGAACAUGGUCAACCUCACCGUGUUUGCGCGACCUCUGACCCGAAUGACCUUGACCACGCCUACCAUCGUGGCCCGCCCCCAGAAGCGUAAGAUGACUGUGGCGACAUGCCUCUCGGCCAAUGGGAAGCCUCAGAGCGUGAUCAAGUGGGACACGAGGCUGAAGGGUGAGGCCACGUUCCAGGAGACGCAGAACAGCAACGGCACGGUGACCGUCCGCAGUAACUAUGUGGUCGUGCCGAGCAGAGAGACACACAAACAGAAACUCACCUGCAUCGUAACCUACCGCAACGAGAGGAUUACCGACAGUGUCGUGCUCAACGUGCAGUAUGAACCGGAGGUGAAGAUCGAGGGUUUUGAUGGUAACUGGUACCUGAACCGUCAGGACGUCAGCCUCACCUGCAACACUGACGCUAACCCCCCUGUCACCGUCUACCAGUGGAAACUGUUGAAUGGAUCUCUUCCCAGCACCGUGGAGAUUCGUAACAACUCUCUAAUCUUCAAGGGGGCGGUGACCUACGAGCUAGCUGGAACAUACGUGUGUGAUGCCACCAAUGGGAUCGGGACUCGUACAGGUCUGGUGGAGGUUAACGUCACUGAGAAGCCGAUGGCCCGGGGUCCUCCUGGAGGAAUAUUGGGGGUGUUGGGAGGGGUCGUAGCCGCUGGUCUCAUCAUCGCCGUGGCUGUCACAGUCUUCAUGGUUUACCGGCGGCAGCAGAAGACUCGCACCGAGACUGACAAUGACCUGACCGACCUCCCGCCCGCCCACAAGCCGGCCCCUCCCCCGCCCAAAAAGAAGAGCAGCGAUUUGAAGGGCCACUUGACAUCCGAUGACAUCCAGGUGGUUCAUCUGGACAAGGGUGAGGACAUGCAGAAGCUUCCUCUCCAGCCUCCCUACUACGAUAUGGCACCCUCCGAGUCAACCCCUUUCACUGACAAGCCGAACUGUGGGAGACACGAACUAUCAAACCCGGCUGAACAUGUGAGCUACCAUCGAGUCUACAACAAGGAACACUGUCUCGAGUCACAACCAACUCAGGCCUACCCCCCUCCCGUUACCUUCUUACCCCAGAAUCCCUACACACAUCCUCCGUCCAACAACCCCCUGUACCCCGCCAGCUACCCUGCCCAAGGCCAAAGUCAGGGCGAGGCUCCACGGCCCCUCUUCCCUAAGGAGCAGUCCGUGUGACGCCCCAAAAUCAAUCUGGAGCUCCAGCCCAGUAAGAGCCAUCAUCAGAGCCGGUGUAACCGGAAGCUCUAAGGGUGUGUAUGCCCCCCCCCCCCCUCGCCCCCUCGCCAUCCACCUCUCUCUCUCUCUCUCUCUCUCUCUAUGAGCCUGAUGAUGGAGUGGGCAUCCCCUGCUAUGAUGGAGGUGUCAGUAGUUUGUGGACCUUAAAACCUUGUGUGUUGUGCACUGCAUGUUCCACCGAGGCUGUCAGUAGGACCCCUCACCUUGUGCUGUUAUUGUAGACACCACUGCCAUCACGUUCCACUCCACUCAGUCUCACCUCACCCUCACCACACUACUGUAGGUGUGUUCUUCAACUAGCUGUCCUCAAUGUCUUGAUUGCUUCCAUAUCCUUGUAUAUGUUCAUUUUUGACUUUUGCCAAGUGUUCAACAAUGUACAAUAUACACCACUGUGUCACUCGAGAUGUUAUUUUGUUCUAUUUCUUACUAUUUCUCUUCCCACAGUGAUAGGGACCUCUUUUCUCUUCCCACAGUAGUAGGAACCUCUUUUCUCUUCCCACAGUAGUAGGAACCUCUUUUCUCUUCCCAUGGUAGUAGGA